GUUCUGUGUUGGGGGGGCAAAAACCAAACCAAGUUUGAAAAUUGAGUUCAUUCAUUCAGAUUUGAACAAUGUGGCUGAAGGUUGUUCUUCUCCUUGCAACGCUUUCUCUUUUUCACUCGGCAGCUUCUCUUAAUAGGAGCAGUUUUCCCCCAGAUUUCUUCUUUGGAACAGCUUCUUCAGCUUACCAGUAUGAAGGUGCUGCACGUGAAGGUGGCAAAGGCCCCAGUAUAUGGGACACAUUCACUCAUAGCCACCCAGAUAGAAUAGCAGACCACAGUAAUGCAGAUGUUGCCGUUGAUUCAUACCACCGCUACAAGGGGGAUGUGGCUAUGAUGAAGGAUAUUGGAUUCAAUGCCUAUAGGUUCUCCAUCUCUUGGCCAAGAAUACUACCUCAUGGAAACUUGCAGGGAGGAGUUAACCGAGAAGGCAUUGCCUAUUACAACAAUCUCAUAAAUGAUUUGAUAGCAAAUGGACAACAACCCUUUAUAACUCUAUUUCACUCUGAUUUCCCUCAAGCUCUUGAAGAUGAAUAUGGUGGUUUUCUGAAUCCCAAAAUUGUUCAGGAUUUUGCAGAUUAUGCAGAAGNAAAUCAAUUUUUAAGUUCUAAAAGAUUGAAUUAUUAA